UUGUAUAAAUUUUAUAAUUGAAAAACUUAGUCACUCCUGCGCCUACUACAAAAUAUACUGUGUGAAAGAAACAGUAUGGAAGACGCGUGUAGUGACGGACACCUUUGUAUCUGGCCAGGGAAUUGUUAAGUCCAGUCUAUUAUUUCCAUCUUCUAUGGACAACACAGCCAUCUCUACUUCACCACCUGUUGCUAAUACAACUGAUAUCCUCACCGCUACUGCUCUUACAGAUAUUAAUAUUACUGCGACUACUGUUAGUAUCAAUAAUAUUGAAACUUUUGAAGAUUCUGAUGAAGAUGUCAAACUUUUUGACUUGAAGAGAAAGUUACACGAAGGCUGUAAGUCAAACCACACGACAGAUACUAAAUAUUUAGAAACUAAUGGAUUACUCCUAGAAUUCCACAGCAAAGCAAAGAAGAGAAGGGGCCGAAAGCCGAAAAUGGUGCACCCAAAAUCAUGUGAUAGUGAAGAAUUGAAGGAGGAAAUAGAACAGUGUCUAGAGAAGAAAAAGACAAAAAGUUGUAAAAGAAAAUUACACAGCUACCAAAUCCCUUUAAGCCCCCAGAAAGAUCUUGGAAACAAGGUAUGUUUUCCUGUUGGCAGUGUAAUAUGGGGUAAAUUAUCUGGAUUCAAACCAUGGCCAGGAUUAGUAAUAAAUCAUGAAGACAUACAGAAAAAGUCAUCUCCAUUAACUGUCUGGGUUUUAUGGUUUGGUGACUAUAAAAUCUCAGAGUUACCACUUUCUAAAGUGACUCGUUUUGACCAGUACUUUUAUUUGAAUUAUAAGAAUCCUUCCAAAGUGUUCAGCGUGGCUGUUACAGAAGCUCUAGAGGUAUGUGCACAACGUAGUGGUCUGAAAGAAGAUGAACUUAGCUCUGAACAUUUGUUUAACUGGGCAAAACACCGUUUUAUGGAAAUGGUUGAGGAUAAAGAUCCAUUUCUACCUUUGAAAGGAGAUCCAUAUCCACAAUUUGUUAAACGAAAGCUACAACCAAUAUUCAAGACAGCUGAAAAUAUAGAGGAAGGACCAGUUCGUGUAUCAUCCCCACCUAAUCCACUUUUUGAAAACAAUGAUCUCAUAAAUAAACUGAAGACUAAUCAAGUAAAAAUUCAAGAAAUCUGUAUUGGCUGUAAGUCAUCAGACAAAACGAUUGUGGCACAGCAUCCAUUGUUUGAAGGAGGACUCUGUGAGCAGUGCAAGGAGAACAUUUUGGAAACCAUUUUUGCUCUUGAUGUUGACAAUACACAUGCUUUCUGUAGUAUCUGCAGCCAAAGUGGUCAGCUGUGUAUAUGCAGUGUACCAGAGUGCAAUAGAGUCUACUGCAUUAAUUGUAUCCAGAGUUGGGUUGGAUGUGAUGCAUGGGAUCUGAUUCUCUCACAGAACCCCUGGUCAUGUUUUCUUUGCCGAACUCCAAACAAAAGACGUGCCUGUGGAUAUCUUCAAGCCAAACCUAACUGGUCCCUUAACAUCAUGCAUAUGUUCAAUAGUCAUCAAAAAUUGGCGGAACCCAAUUUGUCUUACCUUACCAAGUGUCCUGAAAGGCCCCCAAUUCGAGUAUUGUCAUUAUUUGAUGGUAUUGGAACAGGUAAGGUCGCCCUUGAUCAGCUUGGACUUACCAUCAAGGAGUAUUUCUCUAGCGAAGUUGAUGCUGAUGCUCUGAUUGUAAAACGGUUUACUUAUGGCCAGAGCAUCAAAGAAAUUGGUGACAUAACUGAACUUACAGAAGUAAAGCUGUCAGAACUGUGUCCUUUGGAUUUGGUCAUAGGUGGAUCUCCUUGUAAUGAUUUGUCUUUGGUUAAUCCUGCUCGCAAAGGAUUUUCUGAAGAGGGCACAGGUAUUUUAUUCUUUGAGUUUUGUCGGAUCCUGUCAAUUGUUCAAAGGUUGUGCAAAGACCGACAUGUCUUUUGGCUUUACGAAAAUGUUGCUGCAAUGAAAACCAGUUACAAAAAUAUAAUCUCCAGAUUCCUAGGUUGCAAACCUGCUCUCUGGGAUGCAAAGUUUUUCUCAGCACAACACAGGCCCAGGUAUUUCUGGGGUAACUUACCAACUAUAUACAGUUCACAGCCAACAACUGAAGAUGAUUCUCUUUACUUAGAUAAAAUUCUUUCACCAAACUGCAACAGAAAGGCUAGAGUGAAACAGCUACGGACAGUGACAACGAGAAGUAACUCACUGAGACAGGGAAAAAAUGAAAAUAUUUUGCCAGUUGAAAUGGAUGGGGAAGAAGAUGCUAUUUGGAUCACAGAAUUGGAAAAAAUCUUUGGUUUUCCUACACAUUAUACUGAUGUACGAAAUCUUAAUCACAGCCGUCGACAACGGCUCCUUGGAAGAGCUUGGAGUGUUCCAGUAAUUAAGUUCCUGUUAUCUCCAUUGACAAAAUUAUUCCACACUGCUACUUAAUGUAAGUAAAACAAACAUCAUUAUGCAAGAAUAAAAAAAACAAUUAGUGUCACUGUGUGCACGUUUUAAAAUGUCAUUUGCAUCACCCCAGGUUUAUUAUUUUCUUCUAAAAGAGUACUAUUUUUUGGCUUACUCUAAUAAGUCUAUGGAAAUUAUUUCUAGAUCUGUAUUUUCUUAUUCGAAUUAAAUAUACCUUCAUCCUC